CGGGGCCAUUAGACAGUCGAGGUCAAAGCAUGUGUCUGAGUCGCAGCUGUUGUUCUUGAACUUGUGUUUCUCUUUGAAGUCUUCAUGCCAGUCUCGACCUUAUACCUUAUCUCAUCUUGAAAGAAUCAGCAGAUGCAGGCGUUAUUGGAUGCCCUUGGACAGCUCGUCCAGGGUCAACAUCCAGGGUCAACGUGCACUGCAGCCGCCGCUUCACCGCUACCGCAGCCACAACAUGCAGUUGCACCACCAUUCCGUAAUUUUCAAGCAGACGUGGAAACAUGGACGGAGUGGUCACGCCAGUUUGGAUUUCAUCGCGCCGCCUACAGAAUUCAAGGUAACGAGCGGCAGCCUCAUUUAUUGGCGUGUGUAGGGGUGCAAACCUACCAUGUGAUAGUGAAAUUGUUUCCCCGACGCGAUGUAGCCACUCUGUCCUACGAAGAAAUUUUGUCGGCAUUGGACGCCUAUUUCAAAGAAACAGUUAAUGUAGUUGCAAAAAGGUAUACUUUCUUUCGUACAAAACGUAUGGCCAGUCAGACUAAUAGGGAGUGGGUUGCAACUUUGCAAGGCCUUACAAGGGAUUGUGCUUUUGAGUGUGAAUGUGGACUCCCUUAUUCAGAUACAAUUGUACGUGAUGCAAUAGCACAGAACGUUUCUGAUUUUCGUAUACGGGAACAGAUUUUGAAACUAGUUAAUCCCUCCCUUCAGCAAGUGAUAGGCAUAUUAGAUAGACAAGACACACUUAACUUUGCACAGGAAUCAUUUGCAACUUCGCCAGCCGUGUGUAACAUUAACCGGCCCACCGGGCACGCUGCACGGCCCGGUAUACUGCCCUCGCACACGUCCGCGCAGCUGCCGCCACGCUCUAAACCAGGUGUGCUGCGCCAGCAUACAAAUGCAGUGAAAUCAUGCCUGUGGUGUGCUACUCGACAUGCGCGUGAACAUUGCCCGUCACGCCAAGCUAUUUGCUAUUUCUGUAAUAAGAAAGGACAUAUUCAAAGUGUCUGCCAGAAAAAGCUCAGAUCUGACACUCUUUAAUCAUUCCAGGCCCUUUGCUUCGCGCCGGAAUCGAACCAAGGACACUCAGGCUCGUGAACCUUCGCCCAUGGACAUUCAUGUAGUUAAUUCCACUUCGUCCAGUGCCACUAUCUCUCACAGUGACUGUGUUCGUCCCACACAAAGUGUGCGUCGACGUCGCCGGAAAUCGUGUCAAGUCGCAAGUGAUGCUGUACCUGUAUCAGUUCAAAUUGCACGAGACAGUCGCUCUUGUCGUCAGCAGGACAAUAAACUUUUUGUAGAUUUGGACUUUAAUGGCAAGGUCAUACCAUUCCAGCUCAAUACCGGAGCUGCAGUUUCGUUGCUCAAUCACGACACGUACAAACAACUGGGCACACCUCCGUUGCGUGCCGCAAAUGUUCAGUUAAAUAGUUAUUCAGGUCAGAAUAUCCCUGUGUUAGGACAGUGCAGCCUUCUUGCAACAUACAAGGGAUAAACAAAACUUGUGUCAUUUUACGUUCUUCAUUCUUCUACUGCAGUGCACUUGUUUGGUUUCGAUUUAUUUCAGUUGUUUAACAUGUCUAUAGUAAAUCAGGUCCUAUCAGUGAAUCAGACUGUGCCUUCAGACAGUGUUUCUCGUCUGUGUGAAGAAUUUACAGACAUUUUUGCACCGGGCUUAGGUUGCGCUCAGAACUAUGAAGCACAUUUUGAACUGAAAGUCCACACGCAACCGAAAAUUUUCAGAGCGCUCAAUGUUCCUCACGCAUUGCGUGAUGAGGUCGCAAGAACAUUCCACGAUUUAGAAUCACAAGGUGUGAGUAAAUGUGCACAAUGCCUCUUCCAUUUCAGUUCCGCUUCAUCGCUUAUGCUGUACAGGUGUUCCGUUCGUCUGGACGACGGAAUGCGAACGCGCCUUUCGCCAGUUGACAUCAGCGUUGCUUUCAAAUACAAGCCUGUACCUCCAUGUACAGCGCAGACAUUCAUUCGCUGGUCUAUUUUCCUCUCGCAGUACCGUUAUGAUAUCUUGCAUCGGUCCACUGCUAAGCACAGAAACGCUGAUGUGUUGUCCCGUUUGCCUGUUGCUGAGGAUAGAGCAUUCGAUUCUUCCGAACUUGCUUGCAUGUUCAUUGUUUCGGAAACCGAUGAAGUGGUCGAAUCGUUUCCGAUUGAUUUUCGUCAUGUAGCUACAGCCACAGCUGCGACCCGGUCCUUGCUACCGUUUUGCGUUUUGUUGCUACGCAAUGGCCUUUAUCAAAGUCUCGGAUCGAGGAUCCGUUGGUUCGCCGAUUUUUUGCUCACAAGGAGAGACUUUUUGUUCGACGUGGUGUUUUGUUGUUGCGUUCUGAUAAUGAUCAGUCCAGAGUCGUGGUCCCACGUUCGUUACAGUCCUCUGUUUUACGGCUUCUUCACCAAGGACAUUGGGGUAUAGUGCGAACGAAACAACUUGCUCGUCAGCACUGUACUUGGUUGGGAAUCGAUGCUGCGAUUACGAAUAUGUGUUCUUCUUGCAUGGCGUGUGCCAAACAACAAUCCACACCGCUGCGGAAAGUCUUUGCAUGGCCAAAAGCCACUUCCCCUUGGCAACGCUUGCACAUCGAUUUUGCUGGUCCAUUCUGGAAUGCUCGAUGGUUGGUUCUGGUCGAUUCUUUCAGUAAUUUUCCUUUUGUUGUCCGGAUGUCUUCCACGACGUCAUCUGCCACCAUCCAAGCGUUGUCUGCUAUCUUUUGCAUUGAAGGACUUCCGCAGGCUAUUGUUUCCGACAAUGGCCCACAAUUCAUGCCGCAGAAUUUCAGUCAUUCUGCCAGGCCAAUGGUAUUCAACAUCUGACAUCCGCGCCGUUUUCGCCUCAGUCAAAUGGUGCCGCUGAACGAUUGGUCCGGACUUUCAAGUCACAGAUGUUGAAGUUGAAAGAGUCGCAUUCUCGGGAGGACGCGUUGUUGCUCUUUUUGUCGUCGUAUCGCUCUCAGCCCCGAGAUGGUCGCUCGCCGGCUGAGUUGCUCCACGGUCGUCCUCAUCGAACCUUGAUGUCUUUGCUGCACCCGCCGCAUCAGGUUCCUGUGCAGCGGCAGACUCCUGCUUUUGCUCCAGGUGACGUUGUAUUCUAUCGCACCUAUCGAGGUUCACGGCGUUGGCUCGCAGGGCGCAUUCUUCGCUACCUCGGCCGCGCGAUGUAUUUGGUUUUGGGGGCCUCUGGUGAGGUGCGUCGGCAUCUCAAUCAGCUGCGCCUCUGUCGUCGCACGGGUUCUGCCGCUCCCCGUCUGCUUUCAGCGACGGUGCCGUCCGGUCAGCGCCCUGGGGACCCAUCUACUGGCUCGCCUCAUCCGCAGGUGUUACCGACGAUGCCUUCCGUUUUGCCCCAUGGCGACGC